AUGUCCUAUCUUCAUAAAAAGAGGAGCAAACAAAUACGCAACACUAAAUACUGUCUUUUUGUUUGUUUGUUUUUCAGGCUAGCACUGUAUGUGUAUGAAUAUCUGCUCCAUGUAGGAGCACAGAAAUCAGCCCAGACAUUUUUAUCAGAGAUAAGAUGGGAAAAAAACAUCACACUGGGGGAGCCCCCAGGAUUCUUGCACUCCUGGUGGUGUGUAUUUUGGGAUCUCUACUGUGCAGCUCCAGAAAGACGAGAAACAUGUGAACAUUCAAGUGAAGCAAAAGCCUUUCAUGACUAUAGUGCUGCAGCAGCUCCCAGUCCAGUGCUAGGAAACAUUCCCCCAGGAGAUGGCAUGCCAGUAGGUCCUGUACCACCGGGUUUUUUUCAGCCUUUCAUGUCCCCUCGGUACCCUGGAGGUCCAAGGCCACCUUUAAGAAUACCCAACCAGGCACUCGGAGGUGUCCCAGGAAGUCAGCCAUUAUUGCCUAGCGGGAUGGACCCAACACGGCAGCAAGGGCAUCCAAACAUGGGUGGACCUAUGCAGAGAAUGACUCCUCCAAGAGGAAUGGUUCCUUUAGGACCACAGAACUAUGGAGGUGCAAUGAGACCCCCACUGAAUGCUUUAGGUGGCCCGGGGAUGCCUGGAAUGAACAUGGGCCCAGGGGGUGGUAGACCUUGGCCAAACCCAACCAAUGCCAAUUCUAUACCUUAUUCUUCAGCAUCUCCUGGGAAUUAUGUAGGUCCUCCGGGAGGUGGAGGGCCACCAGGAACACCCAUCAUGCCUAGUCCAGCAGAUUCAACCAACUCUGGAGACAACAUGUACACUUUAAUGAAUGCAGUACCACCUGGACCCAACAGGCCUAAUUUUCCAAUGGGGCCAGGGUCAGAUGGACCUAUGAGUGGACUGGGUGGAAUGGAUUCACAUCAUAUGAAUGGAUCAUUAGGCUCAGGAGACAUGGACAGUAUUUCCAAAAACUCUCCGAGUAAUAUGAGCAUGAGUAAUCAGCCUGGCACUCCCAGAGAUGACGGUGAGAUGGGUGGAAACUUCCUAAACCCUUUUCAGAGUGAGAGCUACUCCCCUAGCAUGACAAUGAGUGUGUGAUCCGUUAACAAGUCUCGUCCUGAAGACCACAGUGAGUUGGCCCUCUUCAGAGAGCUACUACAGAAGAAAAUAAUUCAUCCCAGUGUACAGUCUUAACAAAAGGAUCUCAGACACAAUCAGACCCACCAUUUUUUUUCCUACCAUCUCCCCUGUUUUUUCAAGAAAGUGGGUCCCAAACAUGAUUGAGACAACUGAGUGGCAUAACAGAUCUGCCCAUGAUGGAACUGCAAUUAUCUGUGUAUGUACAUGCAAGGGUAAAUGUAUAUGUAUGUGUGUGUGGCACAGAAAUACACACAUACAUAUAUAGCCCUGCAGGACAUUGUAAAAUAUUAUCACAUGACAUCUUAAGUAGAAAUGAAAAGUAGGGACUUAUAUUCCAUCUUUUUUUUUUUUUCACGUUUACAUUCUAAUUAUUAAAAUUUGCUUGCCCUCUCCCCUCCUGAACUGUUUUACGUUGCAUAUAUCAUUGCUUUAUAAGUUAUUUUUUAUGGUGAACUCAUUUGAUAAAUUCUGAUUUUGUAAAUGUCUGCCAUUAUGGAUAGGAAUAAAAUUGCUUAUAAGAGCUUUCAUUAACUUGUGUUUGAUACCAGUUACAUACCCUGUGAAUCACAAACUGUGUUGUCUCAAGAAAUAGAAGAAAGCUCAUUUUACUUUUGUGGAGAAAUUUAAUAAUUUUCACCUAAUUUGGUGAUUUUUUUAAUACUUUGCCUUUAAAAAAAAAAAGAAGCACUGAAGGUUAUUUUUCUUCCUUAAUUGAAGCCUAAUAUCUGCAAUAUCUAUUUUGAAAUGGAAGCCUGAAUUUGAUACAAGCUUCGCAGUGUAUUUAGAGUACUAUAAAGUUACUGUAUGUGAGCUCCAAUUGCUAUAGAAUCUAGCAAUAAAGUGUCAGGGCUUAUUCUGCCUUUGGGAAUGGAUUUUCUAUUUAGCACGAUCCUCCAUAGGGGUGGUGGCUAGUGGAAAUAUAGUAGAGUCCUUAUUAAUGAAACCUGUUCUAACAAUUUAUGUUUACGUUUCCCCUUUUCAGUGAUUCUCAACUGAAUUGUAACAAUCCAUGGUCUUGAUGACACAAUCUUCCAAGCCCAUUGAGAAAAUCAGGUCACUCUGGUACAUGAAUUCACCCCCCAAACCUUUCAGUAAGCAGCCAUUUUUGUGAAACAAAAUGAGGGAGUAAAUUUUUUAUGACUACUCUGUCUUGUGAGGGUCUUACCUGUUGCCAUGAACAGAAGAGGAACAAAGGUCUGGGGUAUUUUAUGAGGUCAGCAUAUUAGAUGUGAAAGCUGGGGAUAUAAUGGAGAAAAGAUGUGUGGUCUUUAAGGAAGAGCUUCUGGGAAUAGGCCCAUGUCUCUUUAGGCAAAGCUCUAAAACCAAGAUUGCAGUAAAUUUAGUUCCUAGUGACCUCCAGAUCCCCCAAGAAAAUGGAAGUUUUCAGUUGUGUAGUGGUUAAAAUGUUGAUGACCAGCAAUGUGAACACAAAGUGGCUGCACUAAAAUUUAUGCCACAGACAAAAACCAAAGUCCACUUUGGACUUUGCAGAUGGAAGAGCCACUUAAUAGGAGGAGCACUUCUGGACAGACUGUGUCCAUGCAGUCUUGUAAGGGGAUAUUUUUUCAUAAAUUUGUGCUGAAGAAUUGUAUGUAGUAUGCUCAUUGUGAUGGCAGAUGCACAUAAAGAAUACCAGAAUCUCAUAACACAUUUUUAUUUUUAUAUAUGUUAUAUAUAUGUGAAAAUAAAAACGUAUACAUAUGCUACUCUCUUGUUAGGGCUGUUAAGGAUGAAGCUCUCGGAGGCUUAAAAUUAUGUUAAAAUAUCAAAGGUUUUCGUGGCGUUAUUUUUUAGUAAUAAUAGCUACUUUAUUAGCUGUAAUCUUGAACUAGAUUGUCAUUAUAUUGUUUUGUGGACUUUAUUCCCAGUGAUUAUGAAGGUUGAAUUAAUUUGCUUCUCUUAGGAAAACAUUUUGUUGCUGUCUAAAAAGGUGCCAGAAUCCCCUAUUGAAAAAAACAUAAAGCAAGAUCUAAUUUCUUGAGAUCCUUCACCUUUGUCACUAAUAAGUUUCCCUGGUUAUGUCCACAGAGCAGCCCAGCUUCUCCCAGAAAUAGUGCAAAGUCCAGGCACCCUUGCAGCUUGUAGUUGACAUCUGUAUUAUCCUUGUUAGUAGCCUUCCAAGAGCGAUUCUAGGACUCUCUUUCUGCCCAGUUUUAGGCACAUGAUGUCAUUGCUGCUGGAUUAAGGUAGAUGAAUAUAUCUGGACAUCACAUGCCAAAACCCUUUCAUGCAGCAGGUAAGUAUGCCCUUGAGUGAGCUUGUGACCUGAGUCCAUCUGGGGUCUGCUGGGUGCCUUGGAGGGAGCCCCUGCAAACCAUCACUGAGAUUGCAAGACAGUGCAUGUUGCCACCAGAGCUUCUUGCACUGGCAAAAUUGAACAGAACUGUGGCUUUGUAUUAAUCCAAACUCCUUUUUUAUUUUUGCUCCUGAAUUUGGCAUUAUCUUCAAUAGUUUAACUUAUUGUCACCUGUUAAGGAUAAAAGUCUGACCAUUAAAUUAAAUCUAUGCAUAAAGCAGUACCCUUUAAAUGGAACUGCGAGCACAUGUUGAAUAUUGUUAUCAAAAUAAUGUUGUCCUAUUGUAUAUGCAUGAGCAUAACAUCCUUUCAGACACAUAUUUUUUCUUCUGUUCUUUUGAACAGAAGUUCUUUUGAACCUCCUUUCUCUGCAGUUUUUCUUGUUGCCAGCAAAUCUUUGUUUCCCCUUUACAUUUCAUUUCCCAGACAUUUGUGUUAAAUUAAACAUUGUUGCAUCAAUCCUGCAACAUUAAUGUCAGCAAAUACACUGUUGGUUUCAAAAGGAACAGAACUGGGCUGUGCUUCUGGUAACCUUUAACUCUGUGCCCUGAUACUUCAAGUUACUAGGUAUGUCAGCCCUUCUCAUAACUAUAGUCCCACAGAUGAGUGGGACAGAAGAUGUGCAAGCUUGCAAAAACGUAGAUUUGGGACAUUUGAUUGAAUAAUUGGUGAAUAUCUUGUUAUUAGAAUUUUAAUCAGACAUAAAGUAGCCUAAUCGUCUUCCUUUUUUAAGAAAUGCUUGCAUUCUGUGCUUUACGUACAUGAGUGAAGUUGUAAAUAACUCAUUGCUCAUUGCUAAGAUCAGGUGAUUAUAACCAUUCUGGAACUGAACCUGUAGAAAACAACAGUAUAUGCUAAAAGCUCAACUUAUAAAUUACAAGUAUCCCACUAUUUUUUAAAUUUGCACAGAGAUUUUUCUUGGUCAUUUGUUUUCUUUCUUUUGCUUAUGAUCCUUGUAGGAUUUUCAUCAUAUAAAGGAGUAUUAAUAUGGUAAGAAAGAUUAUUUCCAAGCACUGACUUACUACGCCCAUUUAUGUUUCUAAUGCACUAAAUAUCAAUGUGUAAUGUAACUGCUGUUUUUAUCUCUCCUUAUGCAACAGCAUUGUUGAUUAUGUCAGAACUUGUCCAGCUCUGGGAGAAAUACUGUUCUCAGUGAUGCCAGGUAGUUUUUCCACACUGUGUUUUUAGAUAGAUUUCUUGCUUUCAUAUAGAAACAAAUAGAUAACAAUUUAGCAGAUGGAUCUUUCAGGCAAGGUCAAAGUAAGGCUUUUUUGGGGGAGUUGGACUUGAUGAUCUCUAGAGUUCCCUUCCAACCCCUACAAUUCUGUGAUUCUGUGAUUUUUAAGAACAAGUGAUGAAAUCUUAGAACUGUAGAAAGAUGGAAAUAAUUCCUUGGAACUACAGAAAUAGGGUCUCUCUUACCAUCAGAACACUGGCAAAAAUUCUGGCCUUGUAGAAUUCAGCUGGAGCUGGGAUUCGUUUUUUCAUUUCACAGUGAAAUCAGUACUUUACCUUCUGCAUAAAUAGGAGCUUCCAUACCCAGAUUUUAUCUCUAUGUCUGAGUCUUGCAUAGACAGGAAUGGGGUUUAAGGCAAGGAAGAAGCUGUAUGAAUCACUAGUAAAACAUGUAGCCUGAUGUAAACAAGUACCAUGUAUUUGCAUGCAUGGGUUGCAUUGCUUCUUAAUUGCCUAAGCACAAGGAAGAGCUGCAGUUGCACUUGAUGUUUUGGGAGUUGGUGCAUGCAAAAGACAGCAAUAAUGGUGAGCCAGGCCUUUGACACUCUUUAGGCUGCCCAAAUGUGCCCUAGGUUGCCUUGGGAUGACAGGCAUCUGAAUGACAGGCAAGUUCCAGAAGCCAGGCCACCCAUGUAUCACCUCCUCAGGGAGAGUACUGACCACCAGGAUGACUGGCUCACUCCCCUCUUGAAUCUGCAGAGCACAAUGCCCCACCUCACAUCUCAUGUCCUCUGGAGGCAUUCAGCCCUUGUUCUCCCUGUAAAACACGAGGAGAGAGAUACAGGCUAAUCAUUUAUUUUAAAUAAGUGAAAAUAGGAAGAAGGGAAUAGAGCCUUGUCUCUGGAGAGCAAUUCAGAAUUGCUGCACUGGGGCAGCUUCGUGAACUGGCCAAAAAUCAUUUGAAUUUUCCCUUGUUCUGUGGUUAGCAAAUGAAAUACUGCAUUUAAAGAGGAUUUGGAAUUAGAUGGGAAAUGUAAUGAGAGACCAGCUGUUACAGUAUUCAGUGCUGAACAUUCUACUUUACUAGUUAAAAUGAAUUUUCAGUUGAUAAAUGUUGCAGUGAUUUCUCCUUCUCAGAUCAGUUAAUUAUUUUUAAGCAUUAUCUCCUGUUCUUAGUCAUCUCUGAUCCAGCGUUGUUGUUGGUAAAUAUGGACUGAGUCUCCAGAAUUUGACCAUAUAUGUUUGCAUUUGCAGAAUAUAAAAGAGGGUUGAAAGAUAUUAAAAACAAAACAAAACAAAACAAACAAACAGAAAAAACCUGGUAAUUUUUUUUCUUUAUUUCACAGUGAGUGAGUAUAGAACCACAGCUUCUGUCCCAAAUGUGCUUGGGUUUGGUUAGGCCUUCAGGAAGGGAAUCCUAGCAAAGCACAUCUGUUAAAUUAAAACCCCCCAAAACUGUUUCAACAGUGACAGCUCAUUUUUCUUUAAACUGAUCACACUAAAGAUCUAAUUCAGGAUGUAAUGACACACAACAUCUAUAAAAAUUGAGUACACUCAAAUGUAAAUGACUUCGAUUUAAAUUUCAGUGUGUGCAGCUCCCUCUGCUUUCCAGACACUAUUGGCUCCAUCCUAUAAGCUGCUGUUUGUGCCAGUUGUCCUGCUGAAACUUUGAUGAAACCACUCAAAUAGCAUCAUUUUUCUUGUAGGAUUUUACCCUGACCUUGGUGAAAUGUAGAAUUUGUCUGAGGUGUGACAUUAUUAUAUAUUGAGAAAAAUACAAAGGUUCUACUGAAAUUACCAAAUUGUUGUUUCAAUGUGAAAAACAGAGGAAAAAAUCCUUAGCUAAAUUACUGAUUUGAGUACAUGCAUGCAAGUUGUUUGCCAGCACUGUCAUCUUGGAAACAAAUGACAGUAACAAAUUUAGGGAAGAUAAAUGGACUGUCUACUCAACAAUUGAAAUUCUGAUCCUGCAAACACACGCACAUUUGUUUGAAAUAAAGCCUACACAUGCUUAAUUUUAAGCAGAUUUAACAAUACAAAUAAUAUCCUUCAGAAGAGUGAGACUGCUGAAAUGCCAAAUCCAUGCUGAGCGUGGACAGUCUAGAAGUCUUCCCCAAGCCAACAUUUAAUCUCAUUUUACUGAUUUUGCUGGUGCAUGAACACAUUUAUGUGCCGAUAGUACUAAUAUGUGGAACAGAUAUGGCUUUCUUCUGUUUCUUAUUUUAUUUAAUAGAGCAUUGUUCACUACUAUAUUAAACGUUUUUGUGAACUUGUCCUUUCAUUUUGCUUCCAGUCAUGCAGCCAUAGUUUCCCUCAACACAGCUAACAGCUUUGCAGUUUUAGUCUGAACUUCUCUUUGGUCACUGUUCUUCAUCUGAGCCUAAAAUAUGUAAGAAAGCCUCUCAUGUAAUGGGAAAACUUGCCAUAAAAAUGUGUAAGGGUUUUCUCGGGUACAUGUUUUCACGUUUAAUAAAAAGACAAUUUUCAGUUAUGAUUUGAAAUGGUCACUUUCUAGCCACUAUUUAAUAUCUAUGUGCAAAAGAAGUCAAGAAAACAAAUGACUUUUUUUUUCUUCAUUUGAAUUCAGCAUGAUAAAUACUUAUUGAAAGACACGUUUUUGGGAAGCCAGACCAAACCAAAAUUUACUGCCUAGCUGCUAUAAAUAAUACAGGCCUUCACGCUGCAUUCUCCUUCCAUAUCCCUAAGAGCACGUUGCCUCACAUCCAAUGCACACGGCUCAUCGGGCCUGUGUGGGGCCUGGCCAUGGAGGACUGGGUGGCAAAUGGCCUUCAUAUCCAGCUUCACCUCUCCAAGGGAACUGCUGCAUUGUGCCUGGCAGCUAGGCCUGUGGGAUCCUUGGGAUUUUGCAGGGCUGGAGCAAGAGGCUUGGUUUUUCCAAGAGAAGGUUCUGGGAGGUUGGGACUAGUUUUUGGAAUCAGUGCAGAAGGUGUUUUUUGUUUUGUUUUGCUUUGUUUUUGUUUGUUUGUUUGAUUGAUUGAUACACACAUUUCCUCAGUACCUUGGGUAUGUUAGGAACUAGAUCAUACAGUUUGGAAGUCUGGUUUGUUACAGAAGUAUGUACAGCUCUUCAGGGUAGGAGGGAGUUAUAACAACACCCAUGGCCAAACCUAUGUUUGUCCCCAUAGAGUGAAAUCGUCAGCAGUCCCUUCUGAUGUGAAUAGUUGUUAGUACAGAACUUUGCUCCUUACCACAAGGAGCCAACUCAUCCUCUGGAUGAACUGGAGGUUUGUAGGCUUUAUUUCUGUUGUUUUAUCAUCAUGCUUUCUUCCCUCCCAUUUGGAUUUUUCCAUUAAACGUACUCUGCCAGAUGUUUGCACAAAAACAAGAACAAUUUGCCCAAUAAACACAGAAAGUUGCUCACAUCCAUAAUGAGAGUCCCACUAUUGAACAUUUAUUUCAUUACAAACAUUGUGGCUGUGCAAGAUCCCGAGAGCUGUUAGUGUUCAGCAUUAGAAAAGUUAGCUUCUUUCAGGCUUAUUAUGCAUUAGGCAAGAUGACUUCCAGCAAUGACAUAAAAUAGCUUGAAACAGAAGUUGAUAUUUGCUGUGCAGAAUAGAGGAAAAAUAAAAUCCAAACAGAGCCUACAUGACUGAAAUAGGAUAUUACUAAAGCUGUAAUUUCUAGGAGAAUUUGAAAAGUACGUUAGCUGGCAAUAAGCUUUCAUUUACACUGACAUUAAAAGUUAAGGAAAAGAAAGCAAGUUCCUAAAUGAAAUAAGGAGAGGGAGAAGUGGCAUGGGGACAGUGCGAGCUGGAAGUUUCUGCUGAGAAUCAAGUAACUUUCUGAGGGGAGGAGACAAAAGGAAGGCAUACAAGGAGCCCUUUUAGUUCUGAAGUGGCUGUCUGAGAAGUGUAUAUCAGCAUGCCCUAUAUGUUUAAUGACCAACUGUGAAGCCUUUUUUUGUGGCAAGUAUCCCCUUCCAAGAAUGUUGUAGAACAUCUGAUUUGUGCAUGUUUGCCUAAAACAACAACAACAAAAAACAACACUAAAACAGCUUUUUAUGGAUUGCCAUACAUGCAGCUGGAAAACACUUAUUUCUGGUGGGGAGAGGAGGAAGAUUUAAUUGCAUAUUUUAUGGAAUUACUUAAAGCAUUGGUAAACUGUUGUCAACUUUGUUCACACUGCGCACAUAUUCUUAGUAGCCAGCUGAUGGCAUUAUUACCUCAGCAGCCCUUGGUCUGUAAACUCCUGUAGGUUCUGUGCAAGAAACCUUGUUGCUAUUGCUUAAUACUAUAAAUUCCUGCCCUGAAGCAAGAGGUGGCUUUGAUUGUGCAGCCAUGUGUACUGUGUACUACAACAGUACCUGUUCUGUCAUCAAAACUUGCUGUUCACGUCUAGGUAAACCUUUGUUAAGCACGCUUAGUGGUUUCAGGACUUAUUUCAGACAGCAGGAUACAUAAGCUGCUAGCAGAACCAUUAAAUCAAACACACCCUAAGAGAAUCUGGCCCAGUUUGCAGCCUGGGUGAGGGCCUGGGACCAAGUGCAUCUCGCAACCAGCAUCUCGCAACGCCAAGUUGGCUGUGUGUGCAAGCUGCGGCUGGGAAUCUGACCCUGUGGGCAGCACACACCAGGUUCUCACCUGGUAUAUCAAAGCCUCUGCAGUGGUGCCAGGACAGAAACCCAGAACUGGCAGUUGCAGUCAGGGAAUGCUCUCUGUGCCCUUGUCACCAGCUAUCACUGGCUUUACAUAAGGCAGUCUUUUAAGGAUAAUUUAAUUCUUUGUUUACUGAGAAAGAAAAACAACUCAAUUCUGUAUUUUUUAAUUGGCAUUUUAUGAUGCACAGCAAAGACAUGAGACAUAUACACUUUCUUUGCUGGUUUCCGACAUCAGAAACUCAAAUGCUGUCUUGAUGGAAAGGCUUCGAUGUGAUGGGGAAAAAAUGAAAAGCUGCAAUGCAACCUGAGAAGGUUGAGGGGGAUUCCUAGUCAUUUAUUUUUUAGUUUAAGUGACUAGGAUGACCUUUUGAAUAAAGGCCGUCUUUGUUAGUGACUUUACACCUUCACCCAUUCAUGUAACACUCUUGUUCCUCUCACCUCCAAGCCCAUCUGUAGAUAAAGUCCUUGUGUUUCUAAGGCCAAAAUUCUUUUAAGGUCAAAAAAUAGAGAACAGGGCAUAAUCCCAGUUAAUGAAAACUGCUUGCUGGCCACAUAUAAACAACUAGGCAGGUAUGUUUUUGACAAAGAUUGACUUUCAAUAUCACAAGUGAAACUAACAUUGAAACUCCAGUCUCUACAAAUAAAGAAAACCAUAGAAAUUUUCCAGGUCAGCUGGAAUUAAAUUUGUCAAUCUAAAUAUAGAUAUAGAAAAUACAUACAAAACACGAUGCUGCCUCUGACCUUAAGCAUUAAUACUGGUUGUAUCUGGGGUCUCACAGAUUUUGUCAGUGCAGCUGUAUUUCUCCUCAGUGAGUGCUUGACUUCCAUUACUGACAGUUACAGCAAAGAGCUAAUCCGUGGCAUACCGAAAGAGUUUGAAAGCAUGGCAAUACAAAAUUCCCUCCGCAUUGUAAAUAUGCAGAUGUGUGUAUGUUGCAUUAGGGCAAGUAGAAACUCCAGCUGCAAACUUCUUUAGAACUUGCGUGUGACUUUUGAAGGCAGUCUCUUGGACCACUUCAAAUGGGCAGCAGGCUGUGCCAAUGAGAGGUCCAACAAGCUGCUUGACAGUGGUACCUUUCCAAAUGGUUAAAGGUCUUGCUUAGGGGAAUCAUAACUAGUCCAGCUGCAGCCCUUAGAAGCAGUUACACCACACAUACAUCUUAAUUUGAAGCUUAUUGAAUGUGUCAGAAAACAGACCUGCACCUGAAGGGCUCCCUUCAUUAACAGUACUUUUUGAACAAAAUGUCCAGCUGUUUUCCACAGCUGUUAAGCUGCUGAGAGGUUUGGUGGAGUUAGUUCUGUGGUACCUAGAGACAACAACCUGUGCCUGUGUGCAGAGAUCCUUCUCACAGGAGGUGCCUCUGGCAGCCAGGCUGGUACGUCUUUGGGAAUCCCUGGUGUCCCAAGAAGCCUGUUUAAGAACCAAACAUGGGAAACAAGGUCACAAAUCAAGCUUCACUGCAUUAUCUUUAACUACAAAGUGAUGGAGUGCACGGUCCCUGACCACAAGGCAUGUCUGGGUUGGAGCCUCAGACAGUGCUCUUGCAGACUUGUGUUUGGUGAUGGUAAUUUGAUACCACCACACCAGACUUGGUUUGUUUCCACACUGGUCUGAUUCAACCUACCCUAAAUUCAGCCGCCUAAAAAUUACCAGUCUUAAGUUUCCACCUUGAGUCACAGGAAGGGCAGAAGCAGAGAUGCCUCUGGAAGACUGUAUGAUGGCAUCCAUUGCCCUCUCCUGUGAUAAAUCCUUAUUGCUUUUAAGACCAUGCAGAUGGGUUUAACACUUAGCUUCACAUCCCUUGAAUGGGCUGAAAUGGGAAAGAAUAACAGCUCCUGAGAAUCUGAAUCCAUGUGGCUUCCAGAUGAGUUUUUGAAUCCUUCAGUCUCAAACAUGUGAUUUCUGCCCCAUAGUUUGCUGUUGUCUCCUUCUGUACUUCUUUUUUUUAUAUAUAUAUGUAUAUAUAUAUAAGCAGGGGUAACUUGAAUUAGCUUGUUAAACAUUUCUGGAAGGUUUAUCCCUGCCCUCCUUUAUUUGUUAAAUGGGCUCUCUCAUUCUUUGUCUGCACUGAUUCAUUCAUUUAAAGCAACAUAUGAAGAAACCAUUGCAUAGAUGAAUCAACACCAGCAAUAGCAUAUGCUGCUUUUAAAUUCAGCUGUGAGGUUGUAACUAAGAUAUUAAUGUAUAUACUUUCUAGGGAUGACUAGAUUCCUUUCCUAAGAGCUUUCAGGAAUGAAUCUAGAAGCUCCUAAUUUAGGAUUGUGAAAAUUCAGGUAGUAAUGGCAGUAUAUGGGGAUUUUUUGUACGCUUUCUGUAAAUGUAUAUAAUUUCAUAUGCUGGUUUGGAGAUAAGGAAAGUACCCAGUUUCAGAUAGACCAGAUUUUUGCAGACAGCAUUACUGUCUGGGUUAGCAAAGCCCAUCUAGGUUCCACCUCAGGCUUGCACCAUACACCUACCUUAAUUGUCACCCAACUUGGUAUCUGUCUUCCUUCAUUCACCAUGGGUACCAAGUCAAAACAAUCAUACCACUUCUUGUUGCAAGCUGAGGAACAGCUGAGGUUUAAAAAUAUGAAUGUUGCAACUUGCGCCUUUUCACCUUCAUGGAGUGUCCACAUUGUCUCAGCUGAGCCUCCAAAGACCGGCUGCCUCCAAAGUUGCCAUAUAAUUUCAUCACACAAACAUAGGUGUAAUUUAUUUUUAAUAUUUUAAUGAGUCUAACAGCAGCGGUAUUAGUAUGUUUGCUGUAUUUUCAGAGUUGUGGGCCAUUCGGUGUUGAAAAUGAUAAGCAUCUUGUGUAGCUAUGAAUAGAAAAACUGAGAAAUGCUUCUUAUGAUAUGCUAGUACAAUCCCUGCUCUGCUGUUUGGUAUUUUAAGUGCUGAACUGAACCAAAAUACUAUCUUCGAGAAUUACCCUAGACUCAUCCCUCCAUGAUUUUUCUGUUCCUGCUUCUGGGUCCUUAGUGAAUUCUGGGCCGACAGUAAAGCAGUGGCAGAAGUAACUGUGGUAGCCACUUGUGGACAACUUUUCAGAUGCAUACAGCCAUUCUGUCUGUUGCCUGAUACUUUUGCAUUUUUCUCAGUGGAUCACCAUAUUCUUGAACAUCUUGAUGGGUUUUGUCAGCCAUGGAGGAGAUGUGGACAAGAUUAGCACCCGGGAAGUGUUGAAAUGUAGCGAAUAAUGAGCUAUCUUCUCCAGCAAGCAUUUAUUUUUAGUGCUUAACUUUCAAUUAAUGUUUAUAUUUUCAGUUAUAUUUUAUCAUUCAGUAUCUUGAGGUGGUUUGAGCAAAAUAUAUGAAUAUAUAUAAUUUACAAGAAAUAUAGGCUUGUAUUGUGCCUUUGUAAUUCUCUUCAGCUUCAGUAUCUAUAAGCUACGAGCGGACAAACCUUUGGGGUAUUCUUUACUACAUAGUAGCUGAUGGCUUCAUUAAUACUGGCUAUUUGAGUCUUCUGGGUCUAAUGUUUAUGUUUUCCCAGGUGAAAACGCCAUAGUGUUCUCCACCAGACAUAAGCACAAUGACAUAUCACUGCAGUGCAUGCUGUCUCUUAGCUUCUCUCUACAUGUGCUUGCAUGUUGAAAAUUUAGAAAUGCUGCUGUAUAAAUUGCUACCUUGUUUACCCAAUACAGGUGUUUUCCUGCAUCCCUUGUUUGCUUGAAACUCUUAUUAACACAAAAGUUAUCAUUGGCUUGAAAGAGAGUUGUGGAUGCACAAAGGAUGCAGGGAGCAACUCUUCAGUAGUUUACAGGCUGCUGUGCAUUAAUGUCUUCUCAGCAAAGAAAUGUAGCAUUAGCAGUGACUUCCUAGUGAAAACACUGAGCGUGCUUAUCACUUAAGACUUUAGGAAAAAGCGUCAGACUGUGUAAUUGUAUCUCAUCUAACUUAGACACCUAACCAGUAACAUUUGAUGAGGCGUGAGCCUCACAUUUAACUAUGUUUGAUCAUGACUUACCAACCAAUGCAGAACUGAAAGGUGAACAGCCAUGUUUUAGUAUCACAGCUACACAAGAAAUCACGAGUUUUCAUGAGGUUCUGUUCUGAUUUUGUUUCCUUAUCUCUAAAGCAUUUUCACUGUGGAAGUAUUUUUCCAUCCAGUUACCUGAGGCUUCCUUUCACCAACCAAAACAGUCUGUAGCCUUCUACACUGUGAAAGGCAAGCUCUGUGGAGAAACAUGGGCUUUCCGCUUGCCCAGCAAAUUCGAAGAAAUUUCAUCCAAGCCAUAAAAGCCUUUUAUGUUAUUCUGUGUUUGUGUAAUCAAAGCAAUUCAGGAUAGGAGCCUCGGUAAUGAAGAGGUCUCUCUGUCCUCUGUUUUACUCUCUCUCUGUAAUUUGUAGGGAUUUAAGAGUUAUUUUCUCAAGGCUCAGCUGUGUCUCUCUAAACCAGCGCAGUCUACGCAUCAUGUGAGAUUCAACUUAAUGGGGAUAGCAUUUGAACGUUUAAGAUUUACUUUUCAUAGCAUGGAGUAAUGUAUGUCCCUAGGGACAUGGACUCUUGCAAACAAGUCUGAUACCAAGGAUAAAAAAUCAAGAUGGUACCAGUACAUCAGACUCUGUACUACAGUGGGUUUUUUAGCUUUUGUCAUUUGUAUUUUAUUUUGCAGGAGAGGAGUUGGGGAAUCUCAGAUCACAUGGGGGAUUUUAGAAGUAUAUCACUCAACAAUCAUUUUAUAAAGUCUAACUUCAAAAUGCACUAUGAUUUAUUACAAAAAUAUAUUUUCUUCUGUUUGCCGACAUGGUUGUUCCACUUUGUGAUAAGUUAAACUAAGCAGUUAAUUUGUUGCACUGCCUAGCUGCAUGAAUUCAUCCAGUGUACGUAUGUACCUGUGCAGCAUUACUUUGGGUUUUGUAUUUGAAUUUGCAGUAUUGAUUAUUAUUUUUGUAAUUUACUUUGCCUCUGUUAUUGGAAUUGUAGUAAACAUAAUUUAUACAUAUGAUUUUACAACUGUUUUGCAACUGAAAAGUCUUCUUUAAAUUGUAAAGUUUUAUUGAUGGAUACUCAUUAAAAUGGUAUAAGAAUUAUA